AUGAGUCAGGCAACUCCUUCCGAACUUAAAAACGCUUUCCCUAAACUUCAAAUCAAAACUCGAAAGCAAUAUAAAAAAACCCUAUUUCGUACCGGACAAUCUCAAAUACAUUCCACUUCUAACUAUUCCUCACAAAGUCAAUUUAGAAUUGAAAAAUCAGAAUUACAAACAGUAAAGAAAGAUUUAAGUACCCUUAUACUCAACUCAAUAAAUCGAAAAAAUAAAUUAGUUACCCUAGUAGAAAAUCUGAAUUUAUGGUCAACUUCAAGUAGUGGCACGAGUAUACCGGGCAACGCGGUCGGUUCAAUAAUUCAUGGUGUAGAUUCCAUUUCAAAAAAGGUCAGGAGCUCUGCGGUCGUGAGAAGUCCAAGUAAUCAUCGAUUAGGAAGUCCGAAUUUCCGAGUAGGGAGUCCCAGCGUUCACAAAAAUAGCUCGAAAGAGAAGGGAUCCAAGAAAAGAGGAUCGAUAAGUCUCAAGAUCAAAAAGGAAGAAUCGGACCUGGAUGAACAUUUUAUCUCGACUCCUCAACGACGGGAAUCUGUGAAGUCCAACAAUGGUCCUCGCCGAAAGAAGAAGGCCUCUACGAAGAGAGAAAGGGAAAUAUCUGAUGACGACAGUGACUACUCAGAUUAUGAUAAACCCCAUACCAAGGAUUCAAAAAAUUCAACACAACGAAUAGCACAGAAUUCAGUAGGUAAUGCAAGAGGUGCAUACAAGAAAAGGAUGCGAAGUACUACAGAAACCGUUCCUAAGGCUGAGGAGGACACUCCUGUCAUAAAAUUAAAAGAUCAGGUGGCAAUCAAAACUUUUUAUGAAUAUGUAGAGCCUUAUGUCCGGGACUACACAGAUGAUGAUGUCAACUUCCUGAAAGAAAGGGAAGACGACGUGUCAUUGUAUAUUAUUCCAAAAUUGGGGAGAAACUACGCCGAGGUUUGGGCUGAAGAAGAGUGCAACCUUUUCCCACAAACUCCGGAGGAACUCGAGGCCAGACAUGUUGACACUGUGGAUGGGCAGCGCCGGACACAGGAGUCAGACAUUGAAGGAACUUGUGGACCUCUGACUGAAAGGCUUCUUGCCGCUUUUUUAGAGAGGGAGGAACCCGUGACAGUGGUUGCUUCUCCCGGAGAGACCCAAGUAAAUGGAAAUCAUAACGGGGGAGUGAAUUCACCCGAAGGCACACAAGUCAAUGGGUAUCAUCCGGAAGCGGUCGAAGAGCAUAGGGAUAUGUUCAAUAUGGACGAAAGAUUGAAGAGAGAGCUAAAAGCUUUAGGCAUAAUGGAUGAGGAGGAUGUUCAGUGGGAUGAAAGAGAAGACGAUGAAAUAAGCAUCCGGUUGCGCGAGCUGCAGGAAAAAUUGCGGCAACAAGUGAAAAUCAACAAUUAUCGUAAAGAAGUCCUACUGAAGAAGGUCAAAGACCGAUUGGCAUAUGUUGCGUACAAUAAUUACCUGGACGAAACUGACUCUCAAAUCGAAGAAUGUUAUUUGGCCCGUUUCCCCGAAAAAGACAAAAACGGAAAGGUUUCCAAGACAAAAAAGAAGAAGAUCGCUCCUACCCUUGAAGAAACAAGGCCCAUUCUUGAGCAACGGAAACAACUGAUAGAAUCUUUUUCGGCACUCUUUCAAUCCGAGGACAAGUAUCUUUUUGUCCCUGGCCGAAAAAUUUUCAAUAAAGAGGAGGAAUCUAAAUUGUGA